CCAGGGUUGCGAAAUAGCAGCAGCAGGAGGAGGCCACGAGGGAGCCAGGGCCCAGGGCUGAGUCCCACUGCCCCCAGUCCCUCUCCCCGCGCGCCCGGGAGGCGCCUCCAGGCUGGGCAGCCGCCACCCCGGGGCGGAGGGGAGUGGCCCUGGCGGCCUAUUUCCCCCCAGCGCCGAUCUGCCAGUCCGAGCCCUGCUGGGGAGCGCCUAGCCAGCCCGCCCGCGUCCACGCAGCCCCGUCAGCCCCGGCCGCCGGCGACCAUGCAGCCCCGCCGGGCCUCCGCCCCUCUCCGCGCAGCCCCGCUGCUCGCGCUGCUGCUGAACCUCGCGCUCCGGACCUCCGCGGUGCGGGCAAACCCGGAAGUCUCCGCCUGGCCGCCGGCUGUGGGGCCGCCACGCGGGAUCCUGCAGCGGGCGGCGAGCGCGGCGCUGCACUUCUUCAACUUCCAAACCGGCUCGCCCAGUGCGCUGCGGGUGCUGGCCGCCGUGCAGAAGGGCCGCGCGUGGGUUGACCCUAAAAAAGGAUGUGAAGUGGAUUUGGUGUUUAGCACAGAACGCUACAACCCGGAGGAGGACGGUGAAGAACAUUUGGGCAAAUGUUCCGCUCGGGUGUCUUUUAAGAAUCACAAACCGAGACCAGCCAUUAAAGUAACUUGCACACAGCUCAUUGAGAAAAUGAAGAGCCAACAAGAGGAUUAUGUGCUUUACACGCAAAUGAAGCAAUUAAAGAACCCUUUGGACAUCGUCAGCAUACCUGAUAGUCAUGGACACAUUGAUCCCUCACUGAGACCUAUCUGGGACUUGGCUUUUCUUGGCAGCUCUUAUGUGAUGUGGGAGAAGACAACCCAGUUUUUGAAUUACUACAUGGCCCAGCUCAGCAGUGUGAAGCAGUGGAAAACCAAUGAUGAUGCAAUUGAUUUUGAUUAUACUGUUCUACUUCAUGAAUUCCCAACACAGGAAAUCAUACCCUGUCGCAUUCACUUGGUCUGGUACCCUGGUAAACCACUUAAGGUGAAGUACCAGUGUCAAGAGCUGCAGAGCCCAGAAGCCUCUGGAACUGAGGAAGGAUCAGCUAUGGCACCUACAGAGCUCAGCAAUUUCUAAAAGAAAAAAAACCAAUCUGCUUACAUCAUAUCCCAGGCCAAAUGACUCUACUAGCCUACUAGCACAAGAGCAAAGGUUCCAGGCAUUCUAGUUACUUAAGCGAGCCAGAGACUCCAAGUAAAUGCUCAAAAUCAAAGAGCUGGGUUGUUUCUUAGUUGAUUUUUUGUGUUUAACUGUGAGAGCAUGUAUGUGCCUUAAAUGCUUAAGGCUGAGCAGUCACUGCACAUUCCUGGGGUUUCUGUCCUAAUGUAAAAUCCAGCCGUUUAGUAGAU